UCUGACUAGACCGGUUAAGGGGACAAGUCAGCAAUAGGGAAAAAAAAUACAUUAGAUAGACAGACAUCUCAGACGGAAACAAAGAAGGGUCGUACGUCACUUGACUUACUUAUUACUUCAAGCACCCGGCCUACUUCUUUGCCUCACUCGCUCGUCUGGUUCUUGGUUUUUUACACAUCCAACCACCACCACUACUACACACCACCAUUCAACUCUAUUACCCUCCUUCGAUUAAUCACAGCUUUGGAUAGACACGUUGCUAGCACAACUUGUUACGCCACACCACCACCACACAACACACCACCCACAUAUUUUCGACUUAAAUAAAUUGUGGCACGCGACUAGUCGAUCAAUCAAGACUUCUAGGCUCCCUUUGCUACAAACUCUGCUGGAUUUGAUAAAUCUGUGCGACCAACGUCAUCAUCAUCCACCUUAUCAACAUAUAAACCUCAGUACAGCCACCGUCAUCCGGUUAUCCCAACAAGGACAACACCAGGUCAAAAUGGCAAAGUCAUUACAAAAAUCCGAAUCCGGUGUUCCGGAAACCAUUGUUAGCACUACCGACUUGACCAUGGCUGAAACCCAGCAAAAACCUUCCACUUUGUUCUUGGAGAUCCCAGAAGGCAACUCCAACAUCCACCCCAACACUGGCCUGCGCAAGUCCUGGUCGGUCGGCUGCACACAGUCACUGGAGCACACCUCUGGCAUGUGGUACGACGGACGCGAGCACCCAUCCGGUGCCCUGGACGACGUCGAAUUUGAGGGUGACUACUUUGACGACGAAUUUGACGCCUGCUGCGGCCGCGAGAACGACAACGACGACCACGUCUACAUGAGCUACUACGGCGGUCAGGCAUACUACGCCGACUCGGAGGCCGUCUACUCGGACGAGGAGGGUGAUUCUUUUGAUGGCGAGGACGACGACGACGAGGAUGACUUCAUGUACAUGCGCCGACCCAGGAGGGGCGCCAACUCGGACUCGGGAACAGAGGGUUCUACCGGCAGCUGCGAACCCCCCAAGGACCUCAAGGAGAACAAGGAGCACUUUGACGCCAGCAACUACCCCAUCGACGCCCACGCCCUGCAUGGGAAGCUCGCAAGGCUGCAGAUCCAGAGCUGCACUUGAAAAAGGUCAUGAUUCAGGGUUCAGUGGGCCAAUUCGACGAAUCAGAACCUAAAAGAAAAGAAAAGAAGCAAAAAAAAGGGGCAGCAGACUCCAAAAUCACACUCCACUCGACCGACUUCAUCAUGAGAUCACCACUCCUCAUUUCCGACGGAUGAGUUUAAACUCGGCAAAGAGGAAAAGAAGUUCCUCGCUUUCCCCCAACAAAAGCAGAUUAGCAGCAACCCCCGCCGAGACUGCGAUGAGUAUCGGCGCCAAGCGCCGGGCCAGAGGAGGAGAGCAAAUAGAUUGCAGCCAGUCACGUGAAGACAGGUGACGACAGAGUUGCGGACAAAGUCGUUUUAGGCCAAGGGCCGCCCCGUUGCCUGAAACCCCCCCCCCCCCCCCAGUGGCAGCUGGACUGCUUUUUGGACCUAAUUCCCACGCAACAGGGGAAAGACACAACGCGCAUCAAAAAGAAAAGAAAAAAGAGAAAAAGUCGAGACCCUUUGACCAGGAAAUUUGGCCAAGGGUGACAGCCACGUCAGUGGCGCUUUUUUUGUCGGUGAGCCGCCAUUGGGUGGAAUGAGAAGAUUCUAGGCCAACUUCCAUCAACCACGCUAGCGGGGAGAGAAUCUUCAGCGUUUCUCCUGCUUGGCGCGGCAACGGCCUAGUCAGGCUGCUUUUCCAAUGACAUGGUCACUUGAGAAGAUGGCAAGGGGCAAUUGACGAGUGGAAAUACCUCGAUUGAAGGAGGGAAAAAAAACCCCCCAAAAAAAGCAAACAUUAGAACGGAGUCGAAAGAAGAAAUGUACCAACCGAUGAGGCAUGAAACUAGAAGGGCCUAUAUGGCAAGAUGCAAACCAGAUUAAUGUAUGACCUUAUGUUAACAAUAUUCCCAUAGAUUGCAAACAAACAAAAAAAUAUUGCAACCAAUUCAUGACACUUCAACUGGACCCUGUCAACUGUCUUCUUUUGGAUGAAACCUUGAUUUCUUACUUGCC